AUGACUUCCUUUUUAGAAGACAAACAGGGGCAGAGAGACUCUGAUGUUGUAGAGUUAGUUUCUGUGCUAGAGGAUAUAACUACAGACAAUACGCAACGCCAGACUGUUUCCUUUCCAAGUCAUAUAUUCGAUACUUUCCUACGCUGUGACGUUAUCGCCGACUCUCAACAUCUUAAUCGCCUGGUUUCGACCCUUGAUCAAAACCAAGAACGAAUUCGUGAAAUCCUACACAGAGACUCCCUUCGACUGUUGGCAUAUGUGUUGCUCAUUUCUGAUAAUACAAUAGAGCAGGAGAGGGGGCUAUAUCUUAUACUGGAUGGACCUACUCAAGCAGACCAGGCGCCUCUAUCGUUCAGUGACCAUGUGCCGUCAAUCCUAUAUAACCUCAUCACAGUGUUAUUUCGUAUUUUUCUCGACAAAACACGGGUCACACAGUGUCGACGAAUGGCUGGGAGAUUAAUAGUCGGACUCUUGAAUGAGUCCAGCGAGACUGGCCCACAUAUACUACAGUAUAAAGAUUUAGCAAACUACUGCCCUAAGAUCGUCUCUAUUGUUUGCCAUGAGAAGGACAUCGCGCUGAAGUUCUUUGCCGGUACUAUAAUCCGCAUUCUACGUAACACAGGCACAAACGAAGACCAACUCUGGAAACCUCGCGAACCGAAAUAUAGAAGUAUUUUCUUCGAAUGCUUGCGGAAAUAUCCCAAUGAUUGGAUUCGGUCUUUCCAUAAUUAUAUCAGCGAGGUGGAGCACUACGAAUCAAGGAAAACAAGGGCAAGUUCGAGAGUUGAGAGAUCUGAAACUAUCAAACAAAGCUCUUAUCACCUCCUUAGUUCCGUCGCAGUUGGUCCGCAGACAUACUCGGGCCCUGCGAUACUUGCGCUGUCCACUCCUGAUUUCUUAACAUUUUUACUGCCCGGCAGCGACUACAUCGAAAUCACGGUGCAAUAUAUCUCAGAACCCAUUCAUCGUGUCCCAAAAAGGAAAAGGGAACGGAACGACACCCCGUGCUUGGAGUUUGAAGCGACUGAUGGUGUACUACUGGAUGGAAUACAGCAACUCAGCGAGGGCAGUGUCUCUAUUGUCUCUGAACAAGACCUGGGUGGACUUCGAAACGCGCUAGCAGACGCCAGAAGAAAAACUCAGAAGCAGAGUCGAACUACCCGGAGAAUAUCGUCAACCGUCGUGGCCCUAGACACAGGGGAGGAAGUGGCAACAAAGUCCAGUCAAUGUCGCGACAGCUCAUCUCAGGCUUCCAACCACGAGAUGGACUCUUCUGUCGAUAAGGACCAUGAUUCUCGCGGCGAAUCAAGGACGGGCACAUCAGAUACCAAGCAAGAUGAGCUGCGUGCUAUUUCAGAUGUAACUCGAGAGCCAUCAGGGCCGGGGGAGAGAUCACUAAUGACAAUUGAAGACGUGGAAAUAUUGGCAGAAGCACUUAGUGAAAGUGAUGAAACUCCUCUUGUUUCUCCAAACCAAGAACACCAAUACAUUGACCCAGGGAAGAAGAUUCCCUCCCCAUGCGGUUCUGCAGGGGAAUACGUCACGAGUCCCAUAGCCGAUGGUCACUCAACUCCAAGUCCCCAAACAGAGGCCAAACCAGCGGAGAAUAUCACAGAAUCUGACACCGCGAAUGCAGUAUCGAGAAACCCACAACCAAAGCGUUCCGGUAUGUCCAAUAGAUGUGCGACCCAGAAGAAGCCACCUCCCAGGCGCAGUCCAAGGGGCAGAGCGUUGAGCAAUAGGAAGGGUCGACCAGCAUUACCCAACACCCAGGAGUCUUUAUUGUUCCCUCGCAUGGGACGCCCCAACAAGAAGAUUUAUACUUCUCGUUCAAAGCGUGCAGUUGACUGGGAGGAAGACCUCAGACCAACUGAAGAUGAGGAGGAGGCAGCAAGAGCAGCGCGAAACGACUCUCAACUCACAUCUGUGCCGUCGCCAUCCCCCGGUGAUACCAGCAUUUUCAGCAAAAGGCCGAACACGGCACAGAAGAAACGGAAGGCCAGAGCAGCACCAUCGUCAGCGAAAGGCAAACGAUCAGUAAACAAGAGGGGUGCAGGCGCUAAUAGAAGGGGAAGGACGCCGCGGUUACCUUUGCAGAUGAAGGAACCAAAUGUCGACAACGGCGACAAAGGAAUAUCUAACCACGAGGCCGAGAAGACGACAAAUGGCUUGAAUGGAAGUAGUAAGACCGGAAAUUACGCAGGUCCUCGACCGCAUAAUUACGAGGACAAAGAGAACACUUCUGAACUGGCAGCCGAACUCGACAAUGCCUCUUUCGCUGUCAGGAUAAACCAGUUUCCGUCUGGGGUCCAAGGCAGUAGGAGUCCAUCAGUAGACACUCGUGUCAAGCGGAGUGCACAUGCAGACGCUGCAAAGGGUGCUUUUCAGGGAAGAGAAGGAGCCGGGGAAGGUAACCUGCACAUGGCUUUCAAGGAGCAGUCUUCUGCGGACCAGAUGACGGUAUCUCAGAGCUCCCUACAGCAGACAGAACCUAGGGCCGAUCAGAACAUUCGUGUCUUUCCGGCUCACGAUGAGCGGGCUCUUAUGCAAGGACCCGUUCCUGAGCAGGGAUUUGAGUUGCCUAAUAAAUACGGAACCCAGCAGAGUGAAUCCGAUCAGCUUCAAGGAAGUGGAGAUUUUCAGGCUCUGUUUAUCUCACAGGAGAAUGAAAUUGGACGGCUUUAUGUGUCGGCGAGAGACCGUACACAUGAUACUCCGGCCGAGACAAUAACAGACGGAAACAGAGACUAUCCCCAGACUGAACUAGAAGAAAGACUCUCGGUGCACAGCAGGAAGAGAGCCGCCACACAGAGUACUACGGAUGAAACCCCGAAUAAGAAGUCUCAACGGACCUUUGCCGCUACCUCGGACCAUCAAAAGCUACACCAGUUGGAAGAUGCGGUUGAGCAAGACAGGACGAGCAGACAAAGCGACAUCUCGAGCGCCGCGAAUGCCUCCAUGGGGGAAAGGUCAACAUCCCCAGUGUCGUAUCCAGAGUCUAAAUUGGCGCUGGAGAAAAUGGAAGGGGAUCUGAGCGAGCAAACUACUACCCCAGAGGGGCGAAGCCGCAUAGCUUUGCCGAUAUCGAGUCAAAAGAAAAGCAUAGUUGACGAAAAUGGAAGUCCACGAUUUACGUCUAGAUACAUUGAUAACGAUCAGUGUUUGCAGACGAAAAGGGUCCGACGUUUGAGGUUGGAACAAUGGCGAGAUUCGUUAGAAGAUGCUACCAGCCGAUCUGGAUACCACGGGGAUUCUGAUGAUGAUUCGCUUUCUGCGUCCGACAGUGCCAGUACUCAUUCAUCACCGGAAAGGAAUGCUGGCAGCUUCAAGGGAGGCCGGCUGAACUUCCGUCCGUCCACGAUAGUUGCUGAUGUCAAUGAAGCGCGACCAACAAGCCGUUCCAGCAGAGAACCUUGUCUCCCCGAUAAUAAUGCACGAGGACAGUCAGCAAAAAGGUCAGACCAGCAUGUGGAAAGCAUGAUCACUCCAUAUUCAGUAUCGGGACUACCAGCACAUAGAGCUGAAAGGGCUGACACAGGAUCGGGAGGACUUUCAUCGGCCACUACUAUUCGAUUACCGCAAGAACCGACACAGUUGGGUAUACAGGUUGAGGGUCCAGGUAAAUCAAAUUGGCAAGCAUCUCUGGAGGCUAUCCAAAAAACUACGCAUGAUAGGCUGCUUCAUACAAGCGAGUACUCUUUCACAAAGACUGUUAAUUGCCCACUCUGCGGAUAUGUUGCUGGAGUACCUCUUGCGUCGAACUGGUUGACAAGGGUGCGGGCUUUAUACUCGACUCCGGAUGGCCACCAUCGCAUAUCCGCCGUUGGCACGUAUCUUUGCGAGCAGGGUCUGAACCACAUUAAGGUCGCGAGCAACGGAAACGAGUCUGAGCUCCUGGCAUUCGAGGUACCUGAGCAUCCGCGGGAUAUGAAUACAGUGGAUAAUCUGAAGGGAGUUUCGUUCAUAACCCACGAUGCCUGCUGGAAUAUCUUGAAGGAUUAUUCUUACGACACACCCAUACCUCUGGACCAGCUGGCGGAUGUUCUGUCAGACACCUGGGGCAGAUACUUUCAGGACGUGAGUAUAGAAAGAAUGGACCUCGAAGACCCCACUGAGUCAAUCAAAAUCCGCAGUAAUGAACUAAGUCUACUGGGAGGUGUGCAAGAACCUAGCUGUGCUGUGGCUCAGCAGUGGAAGGAGAGGGCGACGACAAACCGGGAUGUUUUCACCACGCUCCACUCCCUCCCCCGAAAUGCGUGA